AUGACCAAACCAACUGUUAUGUGGUUUGGUGAUGGACACUAUCGCCGCGUAAUUUUUGGACUCAGCCCUUAUAUCACCGAUUAUGAGGAACAAGUCCUUCUGGCAUGUAUUGUGCAAGGGUGGUGUGCGAAAUGUCUUGCGAUGAGGCAGGAACUUGAUACUGAUGCACUUUAUCGGAGUCACAAACAUGCAGAAGCACUGAUCAAGGAGUUUGAUCUCAAGACCUUACGGGAUGUGUAUGGCAUUGUGGGUGAUACAAUUCCGUUCACCAGCAGUUUUCCCUGUGCCAAUAUAUACCAACUCAUUGCCCCUGAUAUACUACACCAGAUCAUCAAAGGGACAUUCAAGGAUCAUUUGGUCGAGUGGGUUGAAAGCUAUUUGAAGACCAUGCAUGGCACAACAAAGGCAAAUGUGACCUUAGAUGAUAUUGACCAGAGAAUCACAGCCAUUGCGCCUUUUGCAGGGCUCCGUUGCUUUCCCGGGGGCCGUCAUUUCAAACAGUGGACUGGUAACAACUCAAAGGCACUAAUGAAGGUGUAUCUACCUGCCAUUGAGGGGCAUGUACCAACAGAGAUUGUGCGAACAUUUUGCGCUUUGUUGGAGUUCACAUACCUGGUCCAUUGCAAUGUCCUCACUGAAGAAACCUUGGUUGCAGUUCAAGAUACCAUCGACUGCUUUCACAAGUACCAGGAAAUAUUUCGCCAAUCAGGUACCAUUCAAACUUUUUCCUUACCAUGCCAGCAUGCGAUGAAACACUACCCUGAUCUUAUAUGUUUAUUUGGGGUGCCGAAUGGACUUUGCACACCAAUCACCGAAUCAAAGCAUAUCAAUGCUGUGAAGGACCCAUACCGACAGACCAAUCGUAACAAGCCACUGGGCCAAAUGCUCAUUAUCAAUCAGCGCUUAGAUAAGUUGGCAGCCUCUCGAAGGGAUUUCAACAAACGAGGGAUGCUAGAGGGAAACUGCCUCAUGGCAACUAUGCAGCUCCUUUCGACUCAAGAUGGCAGAGAGAAUGGCAGUACAUCACAGGUCCUAGGUUCCAGUCCCCAUAAUGAAGACAAUGGUGAGGCUGUGGACUGCCCAACAUCCAUAGAGGUGCAUGUUGAACUCACUUGCACCACCCAUAUGUACCUUAUUAACCUGAGUAGUGCAGUGGCUCACAAAAUCAACCUCUUGCAUUCAGAAAUGAAGUGGGCCAGAACCAUGACAGAUCUUGCAAUCGAGCUCGGUCUAUCACAUCUCCCUACCAUUCUGGAGGAGUUCCUGCUUCAACAAGCCAACACUGAAGACUACCACGAUCUCUGUGACAUCCCACUAUCUGAGUGCCCCAUCUAUGGCAACAAAAUCACCGUCGUUAAUUCUGCAGCUGCACUAUUCUAUGCACCAAGUGAUAUCAGUGAACAGGCCACCCCGGUAUGA